AUGUCGCGAGCGCUCCCCUCGCCGGGGCUACCGAUGGUCAUCAACACUUGGGGCGGGCCAUUCACGGCUGCCACUGAUGCUGCGUAUCUAGCGCUUCUGACGGAAGGCUCUUCGGCUCUGGACGCCGUCGAGACUGGCUGCGCUACAUGCGAGCGCAACCAGUGCGACUCUACCGUCGGCUUCGGUGGCUCACCUGACGAGGCCUGCGAGACGACGCUCGACGCGCUCCUCAUGGAUGGCACCACCAUGAAGUCCGGCGCAGUGGCGGGGCUGCGGCGCGUUCGCGACGCCGUCUCGGUCGCUCGUUUUGUGCUUGAGCGCACUUCGCACUCACUGCUAGUCGGCGAUCACGCCACACGCUUCGCCGUUGAGAGCGGCUUCCGCGAGGAGCACGAGAUAGCAGACGACGGGGCCGGCCUGUGGACGCCAGCGUCGCGUGCGCAGUGCGACGCCUGGAAGCGCGCCAAUUGCCAACCCAACUAUCGCAUCAAUGUUGUACCAAACCCCGCCUCGUCCUGUGGGCCGUACACACCCUCGCCCGUAGACGCGUCGUCCCUUGCCAACCUUGCGACGACGCUGUCUCCCGCCUCAUCUCACGACACCAUCUCCAUGGUGGCGAUCCACGCGUCCGGCCCGAUGGCGGCUGGCACCUCGACAAAUGGCGCAUCGCACAAGAUCCCGGGCCGUGUCGGGGACGGCCCUAUCGUCGGGAGUGGGUCGUAUGUUGAUGGGGACGUGGGCGGCUGUGGCGCGACCGGCGAUGGCGACAUUAUGAUGCGCUUCUUGCCUUGCUACCAGGCAGUGGAAAACCUGAGGCGAGGCAUGCCUCCCCAGGAAGCUGCCGAGGACGCGGUAAGGCGGAUGGUGCGCAAGUAUCCGAACAUUGCAAGCGGCAUCGUUGUAGUGGACAGGCAUGGCGAGCACGGCGCUGCGGGUUCGGGUUGGACGUUCACGUACGCGUUUAGGGGGGGCUCAAUGAACGCGACCGAAGUGAUUACGGUCCCGCCAGUCGAGUUUGGCCAAGAACCAAUGUACAGACAGGACACAUCGGAGCGAGUAUACGAGUUGUAA